GGCGAGAGGUGGUGGCCGCGGGAGCAAGCGAGGGGAGUUUUCGCCAGCCUAGAUGGCUUCCAAAAGGAGAAAUUUGAGCUUUGCUGAAAGGCAUCAGAAAUUAGUAGAUGAAAACUACAGCAAAGAAUUGCAUAUCCAAGCACUGAAAAAGAUAGAGAAUCAAGUCAGGGAUCUAAGGGUGAAGAAUGAAAAUGAUGACCGUGUUGAGCGCAAGAGAUUCCUCAGAUUAUUACAGAAUGAACAAUUUGAGUUGGAUAUGGAAGAGGCCAUUCAAAAGGCAGAAGAAAACAAAAGAUUGUGGGAACGCCAGCUUGAACAAGAAGAAAAAUUGGCUGCAGAGUUGGCAAAACUAAAACAUGAAAGUCUAAAGGAUGAAAAGAUGAGGCAACAAGUAAGAGAAAACAGUAUUGAGCUCAGAGAAUUGGAGAAGAAGUUAAAGGCAGCUUACAUGAAUAAAGAAAGGGCAGCUCAGAUUGCUGAAAAGGAUGCCAUUAAAUACGAGCAAAUGAAACGCGAAGCUGAAAUAGUGAGAACGAUGAUGGAGGAACAUGAGAGACUAAGAAAGGAGGAGAGUGCUGCGGAGCACAGACGAAACAGAGUGAAAGCACAGUACUGCAGUGACCUGGAGAAACAGCUCGCAGAACAGGAAGGAGAAAAGCAGGAAGCUUAUAAGCAGUUGCUGAAAGAGAAACUCAUGAUUGAUGAAAUUGUUAGGAAAAUCUAUGAAGAGGAUCAAUGGGAAAGACAACAAAAGCUAGAAAAAAAGAUGGCAGCUCGAAGUUACAUAGAAGAGUUUCAGAAACAGCAGGCUGUCUGGAGGCAAAAGAAGCGUGAGGAGAUGGAAGAAGAAAACAGAAAAAUCACAGAGUUUGCCAACAUCCAGAAGCAAAGAGAAGAAGAUCGGCAGGCAAAAGCCCAAGAGUAUGAAGAAAAAAGACUGCAGCUUCAGAAUGCGCUGACUCAGAAAUUAGAAGAAAUAGCGCGACAACGUGAAGAUUUGGAACAAGUGCAACAAGAAUUAUACCAGGAAGAGCAAGCUGAAAUAGAUAAGAGAAAACUAAAAGAAGAAGAAGAAAGGAAAUUGAGAAAGCAAAAGGAGAUGAAGCAAAGUUUUGAAGAACAGAUGGCCCUGAGGGAACUAGUACUGCAGGCUGCGAAGGAGGAAGAGGAGAUGUUCAGAAAAGCCACGCUGGCUAAACUGGCGGAGGAUGACCGAGUUGAGUUAAUGAACGCUCAGAAACAGAGGAUGAAGCAGCUGGAGCACAGGAAGGCUGUGGAGAAGCUUAUCGAAGAACGUCGCAACCAGUUCCUUGCAGACAAAGAACGUGAACUGGAAGAAUGGCGGUUGCAGCAAAGAAGACAAGGAUGUAUUAAUGCAAUUAUCGAAGAAGAAAGACUAAAACUCCUCAAAGAACAUGCUACAAAAUUACUAGGCUAUCUCCCUAAAGGAGUAUUUAAAAAAGAGGAUGAUAUUGACAUGCUUGGUGAAGAGUUUAGGAAGGCAUAUCAGACAAGGAGUGAAGUUUGUGAAGAGAAGUGAUAUCACUGAGAUUUGG